AUUUUUGCAAUUCCGUAUAAUUUAUGCAAUUCUGAUAAUUAUUAUAAUAUAUUUCGUGAAUCGUAACAUGGAUGACCCUUCUUCUUGACACCAAAUUUUGUUUAUAUAUUUCAUUUUGAUUCCCAAUUUAUGGGUUUAUAACCAAUUUAGGCAACAAGUUAAAUGUUUGUAAGGUGUGCUAUAAGAUCUAGGCUACGAGAGGCCCUUGUCAAUGGGAAAGCAUGGAGAAUUGUACGGUUAAAAUCGGACAGCCCUAUGAACAUAUUCAACAGACAGGCAAAACGUUUACAAAAGAAUAGAGCUGCUUUGCAAGAAAACACUGAUGAUUACGACUACUUAAAGGAUGAAGUUGCAAGAAGAAUUGUGGACCGGCUUAGCGAUGUUUCGCGUCAUUUUCCGCUAGUUUUAGACCUUGGUUGUGGAAAGGGUCACAUUGCAAAAGCCUUGACAAAAACACAUGUGACAUCAUUAGUACAAUGUGAUCUCUCUGAAGAAAUGGUACAAAGAUCAUACACAAACCCAGAUAUUCCAACAAAAAAGCUUGUUGUGGAUGAAGAGUUUUUACCAUUUGCAGAGAACACUUUUGAUGCAGUGCUUAGUAGCUUGAAUCUUCACUGGGUGAAUGAUUUACCAGGUGUUUUUCAUCAAGUAAAACACUGCAUUAAGGACGAUGGGAUGUUUUUGCUUGGAUUAUUUGGUGGGGAAACUUUAUUUGAACUACGCUGUUCUCUGCAGCUUGCUGAACUUGAAGUUCUGGGGGGAUUUGGGCCUCACAUAUCGCCGUUCACAGAGAUGGCAGAUAUUGGUGAUAUAGCUAGCCGGACUGGGUUCAAUCUUAUAACAGUUGACUAUGACGAGAUUGUUGUAAAUUACCCUAGCAUUUAUGAGCUGAUGAAUGAUUUACGAGGCAUGGGUGAGAACAAUGCAUCGUGGUCUAGGAAAAAUGUGUUGCGACAUAAGACAACUGAGGUUGCAUCGAGAAUCUACCAAGAAAUGUAUGGUGACAGUGAUGGUAACAUACCUGCCACCUUUCAAAUCUUGUUCCUGAUUGCAUGGAAGCCAUCAGACAAACAGGCUAAACCUGCUGAACGAGGUUCAGGAACAUUUAGUCUAAAAGACAUUGAUAAGUUAGACUUUGAUAAAUAGAUUAAUUGUCACAGCAGUGUUUAUACUGCAUCAAUUUGGCACAGAUAUUUAUUUUAUAUCAGGACCUAUAUAUUCUAUGAAACUGUGGAAAACUAUAUGUUCAGUAGAAAAAUUUGCUAAAUUUGCUCUAUGG